UCUUGGCACACGGAGAUGACGCAGUCAGUAUUUCCGGUGAUGGCGCAGGGACCAUUUCAAGAUAACUGAUGUGGCUGAAUCAGACAUUUUUAGAAAUAGUGUAUGUAAAUGGAUUUAAUAACUGUUGAAUUGUGAGUGACUACUUGAAAAUGAUGGAGACAACCUCUGAUAGACAUCCAGAAACAGUUUAUCCGGAAGGUUCUGUCCAGAAUGACAUGCCCAUAAUAUCUCAAUCCAUCAUGCCGGUAGUCUCUAGGCAGUCACUGCAUGAGUACCUGCUUGACAGGCUGUUUGAACUAUAUGAAAAACAGGAAUUUUGUGACCUGGUGUUUGAGAUCAAAGGCGUCAAGUUCUUCUGCCACAGAAUCGUGAUUGCUGCCUGGAGCCCGGUCCUGUUCAACCAGCUUUAUGGCCAGGAUGUGAAGAAGGAGUUUCUGAAGCUCCAGUUUGACCACCUUGAUGUGUUCUCCAGCUUCAUCAACUACAUGUACUCAGGCUACAUAGACCUCCAGGAGACAGACCUCAUGCAGGUCCUCCGUCUGGCAUCCAGCUUCCAGGUGGAACCCUUGAGACUCUCCUGUGAAGCGGUCAUAAGGUGUAACCUGCAUGUUGGCAAUAUCAUAACCACGUACAGCAUAGCAUGCAAGUUCAAGCUGACAGCUCUGGAGGAGGAUGCAAUAGCAUUCCUUCAGAUGCAUCUCCCUGAUGCUGUUAAGGAAGAUGGCUUUCUUAACCAAACGGCGAUCAGAUUUAACACCUUCCUGUCGAGUGGAUCAGUUCAGAAACUGAAGCCAGAGAUUAAGCUGUUCUUGAUCAUCAGCUGGUUGUGUUACGAUGUGGUGCAGCGAGAACAGUAUUUUGUCGCCCUUCUCCAGCAUAUUAACUGGUCGACUGUGGCUCACGACUUCCUCAUUGAAAUCAGUCAGACGGAGAACUUCUUCACCACCAAUGAAUCUAGUCUCUAUCUCCUUCUGCAAACCCUACACACGUCUUCUAUAUCAUUGGGGCCAUACGUCGAUGCAUUCCCAGGUUUGAGGAAUAAGUACUUUGACCUCUUGGGUCAAGUCGUAAAGAACAGUUCCUUGGAAGUAAUUCAUGAAGAAUACUUUCCAGUUCCUGUGACCCAGAUCUCGAAUCCACAGGAAAAACCUCUCCUGAACAAAUCGCACAGUAAAGGUUUAACCAAGAGUGUUCAGACUACAUUUUUGUCCUCCCUGACAGAAAUGCACAAUAACAUAUGGAACAUGGACAUGGAUUUUAGCGAGUCAUCAUUUGUAAACAAAGAACAAAAUGGUGCUAAAUUUAAUAAAUUUAAAACAGCUAAUGUGUCUAAACCUGUGAAAAGAAAAGGUAGAAAGAGUAAAAAGCAGAGAAAAGACGUUGAAGAAGCAAUAAAAAUAUAUUCUGAAGUGAAUGAUGGAUCAGAAUUGAAAGUUCCACCACUAAAACUUCACAGGUCAAAAAUGAAGAUAAAAAAAGAUGAAGAAAAGAAUGCUACUUAUACCCAAGUAGAGGAAAUUAAUACAAAUGUAUCAGAAAAAAUGGCUACUCGAAGAAAGAGGGCUAGAAAAAAUAUUCCAGAAAAGAAAGAACAUCGCAGCGAUGAGCUACCUGACACGUUUGAAGCAGACGACAACAGUAGUAAUCCUAAGCCAUUAGAUGAUGAAUCGAGCCAUUAUUAUGACCAGGACUUCCUUGAUAUGGGAGAUCAUUCUGAUUAUGAAGUUGAUGACGAUGAUGUUGAUGAUGAUGGUGAUGAUUAUGAUGAUCCUUCAAAUGACAAAAAACAUCUGUUUAAGAAAAAAACAAAAAUGUCUGUUAAAAAAGUGUCAAGAUCUGUGAGGACAGCGCGUGUAGAAACCGGAACGAGGCAAAGAUUAAAGUCACGGCUUGCGACUUGCCGACAGCUGGGUCGACCCAAGAAAUACAGCCAGCCCGUGAAGCAUCGGGUCUGUAAGGAAUGCGACUACGUAGCCGCGAGCAACGAACGAAUGGCAAGUCACAUUGAGAAGGUUCACACUGUGGGGACCAUGUUCACGUGCACGCUGUGUAAAUACGAGUGUAAGUGGAACAAAAACUACUACAACCACAUGAGGCAGCAUUUCCCCGGCCCGCCCUUCGAGUGUGACCAGGAAGGCUGUACGUUCCAGGCGGAAAGGAUUCAGCUGCUGAUCCAGCACCGGGCGCGGCACUUCGGGGACCGGCAGUUCCCGUGUAAGGAAUGUGGCCUGCGCUUUCUGUCGAGAAACAAUCUCCUCGCACACAAGAAAACACACACAGGUUUGAGGCCUUAUGAGUGUGGAGUGUGUCAGAGGUCAUUCGCAACCAAGAAUACCUUGUCUCAACAUAUGGUUGUCCAUAGCGACGAUCGUCCGUAUCUGUGCGACACCUGUGGCUUCUCGUCCAAGUACCAGUCUCACCUGAUCGCUCACAGGAGGAUACACACAGGUCAAGUGUUUCACUGCCAGUUUCCACAGUGUGCAUAUUUCACUCCCAAGCGGAGCCAGCUUAAAGGUCACAUGCGAGCCCACUUGGGGAUCCGACGUCAUGUGUGUAGUCAGUGUGGCAAGGCGUUCGUGGAAAAAAGUCAUCUUACGCGGCACGAACGUCUCCACAACAGUGAACGGCCUUACAAGUGUACAAAGUGUGAUUACCAGUCGACGCGGAGAGACAAACUCCGCGAACAUGAAAAGAAACACAACGUCGUAGAAUCGACAUUAAAAUCGCCAAAACUGAGACGCCGGUCACGUAAAAAUAACAACAGUGACUGGCUGCCACCAUCAACAACGGACGAUGUUGAAGGGACACAGUUGAUGAAGAUUGCUCGUAUUGUGGCCGGUGAGCAUGGUUACCAUCGGAAACUGCCCCCUCCCCCACUUCCUCCUCCUUCAAGUGAUUCUCCUGCCUACCUGUCUCAGUUCAGCCAGCAGAUGGCGCCCUCCAUUUUGAGAGAGACCCAGGUCCCAGAGCAGCAGACAGCUCAGCAGGUGACCAUGAUGAACAGCUCAACUGUGUCUCCACAGGAACAGCUGGCGCACUCCACCAACAUAGACUCUGUGGCAGUGACGCAGGCGCUCAUCGUCUCUCACAUCAGUGGUGGCGGAGGUGGGCAAGUCGCCACGCAGCAUACGCCACAGCAGCAGUUCUUACAGCAAGGUGCUAGUCACAGUAUUCCUGUAGCUAUGGCGGACAUUGCAGGGCUGGUGUCCAUGACAACGCCAUCCACUUCAGGAGUAGUGACAGCUUCAGGUGGACAGCAGAUGCAGCAGGAAUAUGACAGUCUGGGAAAUUUCAUGACAUUUCUCUAACAAACCCUGGGUUUUAUUGUCAUGAAUAUGAUUGUGCUGUCUGCUUUAUUUAUGUGCCAAAAUUAUUUUACAUUAAUAUGAAAUACAACUGCACGUGUAUGUAUAAAUUAACAGGAAUAAAUUUGUACAAAGUG